AUGAGCCGUCGCAAGCGUGCUAAGGUGGAAAACCGCGAAUUGGAUGAAAAAUUAAAACAAGAUGAUUCUGAAUCGGAUCAAUCUGAGAAAAGUAAGAUCACAAAUUCGAGUCCAACGUCAGUUACGGGAAGGCGGGAAUCCUCGUCCAGUCGGACUGUGGAUUCAAAAAAAGAAGACAAACCAAUUAUUAUUGAAGAAACCAAAAGUGAAGAUAUUGAAGAAGUUAACUACAAAGAUAUGCUAAAUAGCUUGGAAGGUGCUGCAUUUCAAUCUAGAUUACCAUUUGACAAAAUGUCUUCAUUAGAAGCCGAAUGCUUUUCGGAUUUGCAAGGAGCAUCAAGCCUUGCAUUUGUUCAAAUAAGAAAUCGAAUAUUGAAACUUUGGUUUGAAGAUCCUAAGAAACAGCUCACUCAAGAACAGUCCGUUCAAAAAAUGGAACCACCAUAUAGUGCAGAUCCUGCCUUAGUAAUGAGAACUCAUGCUUUUCUGGAACGACAUGGUUUUAUAAACUAUGGUAUUUAUGAGCGAGUAAAUCCUAUUCCAUCACCACCAAAGGGUAAACAAAGACCCAAGGUUAUCAUUAUUGGUGCAGGAGUAUCAGGCUUGGCAGCUGCUCGUCAGUUACAAUCAUUUGGAUGUGAAGUAGUAAUAUUGGAAGGGAGAGACAGGGUCGGAGGCAGGGUUGUCACUUACCGGAAGGGACCGUAUGUUGCUGACUUAGGAGCAAUGGUGGUAACUGGAUUAGGUGGCAAUCCUGUCACAACAUUGUCGGUACAAAUGAAUAUGGAGUUACAUAAGAUAAAACAAAAAUGUCCAUUGUAUGAAGCAACUGGUAAUCAAGUCCCUAAACAUAAGGAUGAGAUGGUCGAGCGUGAAUUCAAUCGUUUGCUGGAUGCUACAUCAUAUCUAUCACAUCAAGUAGACUUCAAUUAUUACAACGAUACUCCCGUUUCUUUGGGACAGGCUUUGGAAUGGGUUAUUAAAUUGCAGCAAAAAAGUGUUAAACAUAAACAGAUUCAACACCUUAAAGCAUUGAUAACCUUGCAAGAGAAGCUAAAGAAUAAUAUCAACAAAAUGUCAGAUAUAAACGAGCUACUAAAGUCUAUGAAGGCUGAGAAAGAGACAUUGUUGGCUGAUCGUGAGAAGGUAGCGUCAGGAGAUGCUAGCAUUUUACAGGAGUUUAAUCUGAGAAGAUUAAACCGAGAGAUGAAUCUGUUGUGUAACGAAUAUGAGACUCUUACCACACAGAAUAAUACUAUAGAGGAUAAGUUAGUGCAGUUGGAAUCUAAUCCGCCGAGUUCGGUGUAUCUCUCGGUUCGAGAUCGUCAGAUCCUUGAUUGGCAUUUCGCUAAUCUGGAGUUCGCGAACGCAACGCCCUUAGGAAACCUGUCGCUGAAGCAUUGGGACCAGGACGACGACUUCGAGUUCACUGGGAACCAUCUAACAGGUAUGUAUAGACAUUUAUAUCUUUAUAUAUAUAAUUCUUCUCGAGCUUUUGCAUCUCAGCAAUCUGUGACGGGUAUGGAACACGAGGACAUCAAUCUGGUUGCUGCGAAGGCGUGGGGCGUGGAUGAAUAA